GUAAAAAGAAAAUUAAAUUAUAAAAUAAAAAAAAUGUCAUUUAAAUAUAUUAAAAUCGCAAUUUAUUUAUUGUGUCUUUCGGGACUGUCGAAGGUCAGUGGAGAAACGAAAAAUGUACUCAUACUCUUGGCUGAUGAUGCAGGCUUCGAAAUGGGCGCAUAUUUGAACAAAUUUUGUCAAACUCCAAAUUUGGAUGAAUUGGCCAAAAGAAGUUUAAUCUUUAAUAAUGCAUUUACAUCGGUUAGCAGUUGCUCUCCCAGUCGCGCUCAAAUACUUACCGGUCAAGCUAGUCAUGUGAAUGGCAUGUAUGGCUUACAUCAGGGAGUGCACAACUUCAAUGUAUUGCCACAGGUGACCUCACUGCCAAAUAUCUUGCGACAAAAAUCAAAUGGAAGCAUACUAAGUGGUAUCAUAGGUAAGAAACAUGUUGGAGCCGCUGAAAAUUUCCGUUUCGAUUAUGAGCAGACCGAAGAACACCACUCAAUCAAUCAAAUUGGUCGUAAUAUAACGAAUAUCAAACAAUAUACUAAAGAAUUUCUUACAAAGGCGAAAAAUGAAAAUAAACCUUUCUUCUUAAUGGUUGCUUUCCACGAUCCUCAUCGCUGUGGUCAUAUAACACCACAAUAUGGUGAGUUUUGUGAGCGCUGGGGCUCAGGUGAGGAAGGCAUGGGCACUAUACCUGACUGGAAACCCAUUUACUAUGAUUGGCGCAAUUUAGAAAUACCAGCUUAUUUGCCACAAACUAACAUAGCCCAGCAAGAAUUAGCUGCACAAUAUAUGACCAUGUCGCGUUUGGAUCAAGGUGUUGGUUUAGUAUUAAAAGAACUUAAGGAAUAUGGUUUCAAUGAAAAUACUUUAGUUAUUUUUACUUCCGAUAAUGGCCCACCUUUCCCAGGAGGACGCACCAAUCUAUAUGAUUUUGGUAUACGAGAACCAAUGUUCAUGUACUCACCAGAACCAGAGUCUAGACGUCAUGAUACAACAUCAGCUAUGACAAGUUUACUUGAUAUAUUCCCAACAGUUAUGGAUGUUUUUCAUUUUAAUACACCAAACAAUACAAUACCCAAAACUACUGGUAAAUCGUUACUUCCACUUUUGCAUGCUGAACCAAAACCUGAUGAAAAUGAUGCUGUUUUUGGUAGUCAAAAUUUCCAUGAAAUCACCAUGAAUUAUCCAAUGCGUAUGAUACGUAACAGACGCUAUAAGCUCAUACAUAAUCUAAAUUAUUGGUCUUAUUUCCCGAUCGAUCAAGAUUUAUAUACCUCACCAACAUUCCAACAAAUUCUCAAUGCUACGAUUACAAAAACUUCAUUGCCGUGGUAUAAAACCUUACAGACAUAUUACAGACGUCCAGAGUAUGAAUUGUAUGACAUUAAAGCUGAUCCAAUGGAAUUGAAGAAUCUAGCUACUAAACCCAGUUAUAAAAAGAAAUUGCUAGAGCUGUUACAGCUUUUAUAUAAAUGGCAAGUUGAAACUGAUGAUCCUUGGCGUUGUGCUCCACAUGCAGUACUUGAAUCACAAGGUCCUUUUAAAGAUAAUCCCGCCUGUUUAUCUUUGGGGCAUGAUGCCUUAGGCAAACCUUUUGCUGAUUAUGAAAAAUAUGUUAUUGUGUAAAUUUAUUAUUUUAAAAUAAUUAUUAUAAAAUAA